GGGUGUAGGUGACCAAGGAGCUGCUGUCAGGAGCGAGAAGAAGAAGCAGAAGAAGAGGAGGAAGAAGAGGAAGAUGGCGAGAGGCGGCCUGAGGAGAGUAGCCCAGUGUUUGAAACAGUCCGUCAGCAGAGAAGUUCAGAGCAGGAACAACGUCAGGUAUCUGUCGUCAUGUGGGAUCCUGAUGACACGGGUGCCUCCCCUCCUGGGUGCGGCCACGUCAGGGCGUGGCGUCGUGUUGCCGGCCCGCAGCUUCUUCAACCUGGCUGACUCCUUCUCCAAGAAGAAGGAGUACUCCGAGAGACGCAUCAUUGGGUAUUCCAUGCAGGAGAUAUAUGACGUGGUGGCCGGCGUGGAAAACUACCGCCUCUUUGUUCCCUGGUGUAAGAAAUCUGACGUGGUGUUUCGGCGAUCUGGCUUCUGCAAGGCCAAACUCAGCGUGGGCUUUCCUCCUGUGGUGGAGAACUACAACUCUCUUGUCACUACAGUACGCCCCCACCUGGUCAAGGCGUCCUGUUCAGAUGGGAAACUCUUCAACCACUUGGAGACGGUUUGGCGCUUCAGCCCUGGUCUCCCGGGUUACCCUCGUACCUGCACCGUGGAUUUUGGUAUCUCCUUCGAGUUUCGUUCCCUCAUCCACUCUCAGCUCGCUCACGUCUUCUUCGACCAGGUGGUGAAGCAGAUGGUGUCUGCGUUCGAGCACCGCGCCUCCAAGGUAUACGGCGCCGAGACGCCCAUCCCUCGCGAGCUCAUGUUCCACGAGGUUCACCACACGUAGCGCCGCCCCCAAAGGCAACCACAGAUAUCUGAUGCCAACGCCAGAGAGGACGAGGGAGGAGAAAGUGUUAGUGAACGUUGCAGUGCCUUUCUCACAGCUACGACCAAGUUCAUUCCCAACUAUUUCAUAUCUAAUAAGUGACACGGAUCCAGUGACACAGAUCCAGCUCCGAGCUUCCACCUUCAUGCUCAACAUUUCAUUCAGUCGUUUCCACUGUCUGAGUAGAAUCUGAGUUCUCAGGUUGUGAGCGUGAAGGUGAAACCACAGCAGCUCGUGUGUCAUCACAUCUGGAAACACCAGUCGUUCACCUCACUGCUCUGACUGACUGUUUUACUACAGCUGCAGGAGACUUCAUUUUAACAGCUGCUGCAUCAGUUCAUCUUCUUAAAUAAUGUUUUACCACAUUAGAGACGAAUCGAUUUAUAAUUGAAUGAUUUAGAAGUGGCUGAAAAAGCCACAUUUCCCACGGUUUUAUCGAGAAUCAAUCAGUCAGACAAUUAUUCUGCAACUGUUUUAAUUAUUGAUUUAAUUCAUACCAUCAUGUCACAUUAUCAGCGUAUUAAAACAACUGAUAGGGCCCAAGUCUUGUUUAAACACCACAGACAAUCACAUGAUGAGAAUAUGUAGUAAGAAUAAAGAGCAGAAGCCGGUGAGACACUGUCACGGGACAUUUUGUUUAAAGAGGACGAGCAGGAGGACGUGUAAACAAAGAAAACCGAUCUGUACACUAUCGGAAACACAAACCUUCUCUGGGAGCUGAACUUUUAUUUAGAGGGCUGUUUAUUUUUCUCAAUAUUAUGCUCAUGUCAUUGUUAAGAGAGCGAUGCUGGACAUGAGAGCUGCUGACUUAUACAGCAGAGGGUGUUUUAUUUCUUCUUAAGUGUGCAAUAUGAGCUGUGUGUUAUUUUAAAUGCAGCUUCGCAAACAUGUAAACCAACUGUCGAUGUAAAGGGCCCAAAACCGGCCGACGACACAGAGACUCCGGCCUGUAUUUAUUUAACAUCACAGGAUCAAAUGUUGUUUUCUGAGCGUGAACAACGAGACACAUUUGACGAGUGAUUGAUCACAUGAUUGAUCACAUGAUUGAUCACAUGAUUGAUCACAUGACUUCCAACGACAAUUCGACAGCGAGUGAAAAUCGACCCAAGGUCAGAUUUAUUCUUGUCGUCUGUUUGAAGCCGUGAUUGAUGAUAAAGAAAUAAAAUGAGCAAAUAUUCAAAUGCAAAUAAAACACUAAAAUGACUCUAUUCUUAACGAUACUAUUAUUAUCAACAAUGAUAAUAACAGAAAACAGAGGCUGUCAUCGAACCCCCGACAUCGAGGGUCUUCUCUAAACCCAUCUGGAGACACACUAAGUUAAAAUAAUUUAGUUUUUAUUUUUAACAUUAAGGAUUAGAAGCAUGAAUUAGGAAUCUUUGCUUUGGUCCAGCGUGGUCGUCCAGAUCCAGAUGUUGAAUAGAUCCAGGUCGUACAUGUGGACGUGUCGGCUCGGACGUGGUUCAGCGAGGUCACCUGCCCUGAACCCACGUCACUCACAGAGUGCCUCCCGGCCGACUGGCAGCAUAUUUAUCUCUAUUUUUAAACAAUAUACUUGUAUUUAUUACUUAGUUUAAAGUGUAAAUAUUGGUAUUGAGGUCACAUUUUGAAAAGAGACACACUGCUUUUAAAGGGACUGGGUUUGUGUCCGUGUGUUCGGGGGAAAGUUGAAUGUUAAGAGACUUCAGACAGAUUUACCAGCUGCAUGAUUUAUAAAGUAUUUUUUCUAAAAAAGAAAAA